UCUUGAUCCAACACCAAAACUAAGUCAUUCAUUGUACCAUCCCUAUCAUUUAAACAACAAGUGGUAGAUUGUUGACCAGGUUGAGGUUGAACAGACAGACUGAUAAGAGCGGAGAUCACAUGCCGCAAUCAGGUGAGGAUAAGAUGAUCGACCGGAUUACGUCGUUUUGCCUCAUUUCCUUCCCUUCAUUCUUCUCCAUCUCUCCUCCGAUUUGGAUCAACACCGCCUCGCGUACUCUACAGAUUUUUUAUAGAAUGAACAACUUCUGAUCCCUCGACAGACCGAGCAUCCUUCUCACUUAUCUCUCGCUUCCAGUAUGGCCGGUACUGGGCCCAAAUACACCCCUCCGGCGUCCCCCACUGCGUCAUUUUACGACAUCAGUGACCAGGAUGAAGGUGACUACAGCACAAUCUCCCAUCUUCAGACCCGCAGAGGAGUGAAGCUCUUAUUCUCAAAAAGCAAGGUCUAUGUUCAUCCCACUCCGUCCUCCAAAGAUAACAUCCCCGGGUUUAUCGCCCUCAUCCAACAAAGACCCUUGGCUCCUUUAGGGGAGUCUCGAUCUGCGAGUCCGCCAAAUAAUUCUGAUACUUCCUCCUAUCUCCUGGCCUGGGUUCCCGAGUCUUCCCUGGGCGAUGCGUACAGUACCUAUGUCAAGGUUGAUCUGUCAGAUGACUCCUCGGAGCCGCGACAAAAAUACCUAGUGCCUCCACUUCCCACGACGACGAACUACAGGGACACUAUUGGUCUCUAUGCCUUCGCCGUGCCAUUAUCCGAAGUCUACUCGUUGCUCGUGCGUCCUCCAAGUCUGGGGUGGUGGUUCGGUAGCCUCGUGAUCAAUACCCGGGCCGGCGAUAGCUUUCCCGCGCUCUUCUUCCAUGACACAGAAUGCGAGUCGACUAUUCUACAAAAGAAGAGGAGGACCCGAGAGAACUUUGACCCAUUCGGGGAAGACGGCAAUGUGUUUUGGGGCGGCGAUGAGGUCUUGCGCUGGCUGCGGAAGUAUGUGGAGGUACAGCGCUCUGCCGUUGACCAUAGCGUCUACCUGAUCAACCCGUCCGACGAGGACAGACUUUCGUUUGGGAAACCUCUCACGGCUGGUGGAUCGGUUGCAACAGGUCGGGGCCAGCCUGCGAACCCGACCCAACCGAGUGGAAGCACUCCACACGACGCAGGGAUGGACCCUUUUACCAAGGCUCUCAAGGAGACCCGGUGGAAGGUGCUUGAACAGCUAAGCAAGAUUACCACAUAUACACGACGAACCGCCAACGGUAUUGCCGAUAAUCAAAUGAUCCCACCGCAGGUCCGUCGCCUGAUGAAAACCCCAGAGAUCCAAACGCUACAGGAUGAAUUCGACAGCGCUAGGAUUUAUCUUGCCCGGUGGGCCAUGAGCCUCUCAGAGCAGAGUGAGCGGGAGAAGAACCAGCGGAUAUGGACCGCGAAAGAUGUCUUGGAGAUGGAAAACAGCUCGGUGGGCGAUUUCGAGAUUCUAGACAUGGAGACGGGGAUGAUGUCGAUCAACGACCGGCGCAAGGUUCUUACUAUGGAGGAAUGGGUGCAGUUUUUUGAUCCGAAUACCGGCCGACUGCAAGUGACAGUGGACGAGGUCAAAGAGAGAAUCUUCCACGGCGGUUUAGAACCUAAUGAUGGGGUCCGGAAAGAAGCCUGGCUCUUCCUUCUCGGGGUGUACACGUGGGACAGUAGCCGCGACGAGCGGCAAGCGUUGAUGAAUUCCAAGCGCGACGAGUACAUUCGAUUGAAGGGCGCCUGGUGGGAGAGGAUGAUCGAUGGUUCUUCUGAUCCGGAGCAGCACGACUAUUGGAAGGAACAACGAAAUCGCAUCGAGAAGGAUGUCCACCGUACCGAUCGUACAAUCCCCCUCUUCGCAGGGGAAGACAUUCCCCAUCCCGAUCCCGAUUCUCCAUUUGCAGAUGUCGGAACCAACGUGCACCUUGAACAGAUGAAAGAUAUGCUCCUGACGUAUAAUGAAUACAAUCCUGACCUUGGCUACGUACAAGGCAUGAGUGAUAUGCUGGCACCUAUAUACGCGGUAAUGCAGGACGAUGCCGUGGCAUUCUGGGGAUUUGUCGGAUUCAUGGACCGGAUGGAGCGCAACUUCCUCCGCGACCAGUCCGGCAUGCGGGCGCAACUUCUGACCCUAGACCACCUUGUUCAACUCAUGGAUCCCCAGCUCUAUCUUCACCUCCAGUCUGCCGACAGCACCAACUUCUUCUUUUUCUUCCGCAUGUUCCUGGUCUGGUACAAGCGCGAGUUUGAAUGGUGCGACGUAUUGCGCCUCUGGGAGGCUCUAUGGACCGAUUACCUCUCCAGCAGCUUUCACCUAUUCAUUGCCAUGGCAAUCCUCGAGAAGCACCGCGACGUAAUCAUGGAUCAUCUGAAGCACUUUGACGAGGUCCUGAAAUACAUCAACGAACUCUCCAACACCAUGGAACUCGUCCCGAUCCUCACCCGCGCGGAGUCUAUCUUCCACCGUUUCGAGCGCGCCGUCCAAGCCAUCGACAAGAAAAACAACUUCCCUGCCCCUUCGACCGCCCACCAACGGAAACCCAUCCAAGACGCCCCCGCCGAAUCCAACAAAGGCAAGUCACCUCAGCGACCGCCCCGCACCACCGGCCACAGCAGCAGCGUCAACGCGGGGCCUUCCAGGUCAGGUCCGAAGGACGGAUCAAAGCCAGCGGUCAUCUCGCCGGAGCUCAGAGACUUACUUCGCAAGGACUUUUUCUGGAAGACUCCGUCUUCGGAACCAUCUUAGCGUGCCUCGAUACUCUCCCUUUUGAAACGAAUGAAGUCUAGGAUAUUUAUUACUGGGCGGUAAAGCAGGAUUUGACUCUAUUUGGGACACCGGCGUUAUUGGUUGAUGAUAUUUACACUUACUGACCACCUAUUCGUGUCUUCUUCUCUUUCCCAAUAUUAAUGUGACCAUGCCUUUUUCUUCCUCUUUCUCUUCCCCUCUCAGCCAUGACCAAAUGGCACAAUGACCAAGACAAGACAGAUGACGAAGCUGUCUUAAGAUUGCUAAGUCAUAGUAACUAAUCGAGUGACUACCUGAUACAAGA